AUGGAGACUUUCCCGCCAUCAUAUGAACAUGCCACAGCGAGAGAUGUUUGGGUCAUUGUCGCGCUAAAAACACUGAAGCGGUCACGCUGUUGGGUCAGAGAACUCACGCACACGUUGCGCAUCCCUCCUGCUCUGUCGGAGGUAUUCGAUGGGCCGAAGAAGACUUGGCUGCUUGAAUUGCUCGAGUUUCUGCCCAGGUUGCAGUCGUUGAUUGUCUCAGGAUUGCCAUGUUUCGAUCACAGCUCCCUAGUUUGUUUGGACCACGCUGGGACUCCAGCCCCGAAAUAUGAUUUACGUUUACUUCUUGCGGAUUGGGGGCCCAAUACGACGUCAAGGGGACUCAUCAACGCGUUAUGGCGUUUCCCGCAACUGGUUUACUUGGAUCUAUCCUACACUGCAGCCGCUAGGGACGGGCGAGUGUUGGCAGCCUUUUCACAGCUGCGGAGCUUGCAAGUUUUGAAGCUCCGGGGAAUCGGAUUCGGGGACAGUGGACUCCAAGUUCUGGCAGAUGCUAUUGGGAUGCGAGUGAGAUUCCUGGACAUUCGGAAUAAUUCCCUGAAUGAUAGUGCGUUGGAGUUUUUGAUACAAGACCAUCUGCUGACGCCUGAGGAGCAUGUGAACUGGUCUGAAUCCGUGGAAAGAUAUCAAUUCGAAUGGCGAUUGCUAACGACCCCUUUCGGGAAUGUUUUGACGUCAAAUUCGUUCAAGAGCAACCGUCUUGACGAGCACUUCGCUAGACAGCUCGCUAUGCCGCUUGACGGCCGAUCUUCAUUGGAUGAUAUACCCCGUAUUGGAAUAACACAUUUAUAUAUUGGCGAGAACAAUCUAACCUUGGAAGGGUUGGCGAAAAUCCUCCAGUCUGGCAGGUUAUGUGUUUUUGACGGUGGAACUGUUGCUCCUGCGAGAAAAGAAGAGCGUAAGGGAGAUAUCAAGCCUGCCAGCCUGCCUGGCGUGGAGAAACUUAUUGCUACUCUCUCUCAACCUAUAGCUAGGAACCUUACAUAUUUACGGAUUCACCACGCCAUAGUGACAGGAUCCGCUCAGGCACGGGAUGAUGCGCCAAAUGCUCCUGAAGCCAUGCCGGCGAAUCCGCUUCUGUCGUCUGCUCAACAGCGGAAUAAUCUUAUCAAAUGCCUUAUUGCCAGGCGCCCUAAAAUAACAGCACUACCGGGGCAUAAUGACAGUGACAUUAAUAUAAUUUCCUUCCACCCUUCAAGUUGCCCCAAUCUGGAAACACUAGUCCUUACCGGCCUCCCGUCAACCGUGUUCGCCUCCUCCCCUAUCCUAGAAUCCUUGAAACGAUUCAUUUCAGCUUGUGCCGAUGAAGCCUUGCUCUCUUCUUUGCAGGCUAGAUCGGACUACUCCCUUCCACCAGCCUGGAAUCGGACAGAGGCAGAAAACCAGCGAUCAAAAUCGAUCUUCGCUCUUAAGCUGCUGGUUCUAGAAAUCGCUCCUUUGUCGAAAAAGGAGAAACUAGGUUCCUGGAUUCCAUCAAGUUACCACAGUCCUGCGCAUUUGAAAUCUAGCACGGGCGACAGAGAUUCCGAAAACCUGUGGACAGCUGCCAUGCACGAUUUUAGUUUCUUUGGGAGGGAAGAUGACGAACUCGUAGAUAUCGAGCGUGACAGCGAAGAUGAUAGCCAUCCUGUGACCGGUACGUUGCCAAAGUCGCAAACAGCAGAUUCACUGUCGAUUAUAUCAAAAGGGCACGCAAAGACCGACACUCCUCACAUAUCUACCAACCCCCCUGAGAAACAAAUAGACCUGGUGGCGGCGCUGGCAUCUUUCCGCAAAGAAAAGAGGAUGGAGUAUAAUGAGUUAUUUUGUAGUAUUCAGCGGAAAGAAGAGCUGAUGGACAAGACACCAGGACAACCUUCGUCUUCCACGGGAUCGGCUAUUCCAAUCUAUGUCGAGGGCCAUUGGGACGGGGAGGUACGGAUUGUGAGGAAUUAA